AUGGAAUCUCACUUGCACCUCAUUGGACCGUCCCAGCAACGCAAAACCGCCCGUAGGGAGCGAAUUUGCGUAUACUGUAAUCGUCACUUUCGGCGCGAAGAACAUUUGCAGCGACACCUGCUCACUCAUACGAAAGAGAAGCCAUUCAAAUGUCACUGCAGUGCCGCCUUUGCCCGUCGUGAUCUUCUCAGGCGUCAUGAUCGGAUUGCUCAUCCUGAAGAACGUGUCUCUGGCUCACAUGUAAAGAGGCAUUGUCCCCCGACUCCCACAGCUACGACCGCGUUGUCUCAAAAUGGACAAAUUCCAUCUCCAUCUUCAUCUUCCCUCACGCAUCUUUCAGGUAUGAACGAUGAAGUAGAGACCUCUUUCGGGGACCUUCCAUUCUCUCAUGCUCCGUCAACAGGCCAUAACCCUCGUAUGCACCCUCUUCCUCCGGGCUUUUGGGCUUCGUGA